AAGCGUACACAGCAGAACGCUACCUUUCAUUUUAAAGAUUGGACGGCUAAGAUUUACUAGCCGUUAGUUUUAAAAUUGAGGGGAGUAGAUGUGUCUAAAUUUCCCUUUAUAAUCAUCCUUUUCUUUGUAAAAAAAAAAAAAAAACCCAAAAGCCUGAUCAAGAGAGAGAGAGAGAGAGAGAGAGAUCGCUUGCUUGCUUUGCUUUUCUCAAAUGUCAUUCGUUUGAGUAAUCUCUCUCUUCAAUUUCCUUUUUUGGUGAAGUGAGCAUCAAAGGAAACGGGGUUUGGGAAUCUGGGACUGGGAGAGAUCAACAACGAAAACUCUUUUGAGAAAGGUAUUUAAAAUUUUUCUAAUUUGUUGAUCUUCUUUCUUAUUGGGUCUUAAGCAUUUCUUUCAAUUUCAAAUAUUUCAAAACUAAAGUCAAGGGAUGCCUAUGUUAUGUGGAUUCUUAUUGUUUAUAGCUGUUUUUUGUAGAUACGGAAAAACGAUGGCUGGACCAGAUGAGAACAAUCCUGGAGUCAUCGGACCCUCACAUCUUCAAGGGGGUUUGGAAGCCGCAGGAGGAGGGAAAUUCGUGGCGGUGACUGGGCAGAAUCGAAGAGCAUUGAGCUCAAUUAAUCGGAACGUAAUUGGAGCGCCACCUUACCCAUGUGCUGACAACAAGAGACCUUUAUCUGAAAGAAAUGCAGUUUGUGAUAAGAUCCCACUCAUACCUGUGCAUAGACCAAUAACAAGGAAGUUUGCUGCCCAUAUUGCUAACAAGCAGCAAAUCAAGCCUGAGGAAACAAAACAAUCAGUCCAGUCCGUGCCAGUUUCAAAUGAAUAUGAAGAUUGCACCAUCAUAGAUGCGGAUGACACCAAGGUAAAUGGUGACUUUGAUGUGCCGAUGUUUGUGCAACAUACAGAAGCUAUGCUGGAGGAGAUUGAUCGUAUGCAGGAGGAGGUUGAAAUGGAAGAUAAGGAAGAAGAACCUUUUGUGGACAUUGACAACUGUGAUAAAAAGAAUCCACUUGCAGUUGUUGAGUACAUUGAUGAUUUAUUUAAAUUAUACAGGAAAGCAGAGUGUCCUGGUUGUGUUCCUCCAAGAUAUAUGGCACAGCAAUAUGACAUUAACGAGAGGAUGAGAGGAAUUCUCAUUGACUGGCUGAUAGAGGUUCACUACAAGUUUGAGCUGAUGGAUGAGACCUUAUAUCUGACAGUCAAUCUGGUCGAUAGAUUUUUGGCGGUUCAACAAGUAGUGAGGAAGAAACUUCAGCUGGUUGGAGUAACAGCCAUGCUUCUUGCCUGCAAAUAUGAAGAAGUUUCUGUUCCAGUUGUAGAGGAUCUGAUUCUGAUAUCUGACAAGGCUUACAGCAGGAAAGAAGUGCUUGAUAUGGAGAAAUUGAUGAUCAAUACCUUACAAUUCAAUCUAUCUCUUCCUACGCCGUAUGUGUUUAUGAGGAGAUUUCUCAGAGCUGCUCAAUCUAACAAGAAGCUUGAGCUUCUGUCAUUCUUCAUGAUCGAGCUUUGCCUUGUUGAAUUUGAAAUGCUUAAGUUUCAACCUUCUUUAUUAGCUGCUGCUGCUAUUUUCACUGCUCAGUGUACUCUUAGUGGGUCUAAACAUUGGAGCAAGACCAGUGAGUGGUAUACUACCUACUCGGAAGAGCAGCUUAUGGAUUGCUCAAGAAUGAUGGUUACUUUCCAUCAGAGGGCAGGGACAGGAAAACUUACAGGUGUACAUCGGAAGUACAGUACAUCUAAGUAUGGUUAUGCAGCAAAAACUGAGCCAGCAACUUUUCUCUUGGAGGCUAUAUUCUAG